GCAAGAAAAUGAUUAUCCAUGGUCUAUAGACCCUAUCGACUGUAGAAUGAGCCCCUGGAGUGAGUGGUCCCUGUGUGAUCCUUGCCUCAAACAAAGAUUUCGCUCAAGAAGCAUUGAAGUCUUUGGACAAUUUAAUGGGAAACGUUGCCAUGAUGCCCUAGGAGAUAGACAAGCAUGUGUGCCCACUGUGGCUUGCGUGGAAGCCAAGGAUGGUUGUGGAAAUGACUUUCAAUGUGGUACAGGCAGGUGCAUAAAGAGGCGACUUCUGUGUAAUGGUGACAAUGACUGUGGAGACUUUUCAGACGAGGAUUUAUGUGACAGUGACCCCCGUCCACCCUGCCGUGACCGAGUGGUAGAGGAGUCUGAGCUGGCACGAACAGCAGGCUUUGGGAUCAACAUUUUGGGAUUGGAUCCCCUAGGCACACCUUUUGACAAUGAGUACUACAAUGGGCUCUGUGACCGGGUUCGAGAUGGAAACACUUUAACAUACUACCGGAGACCUUGGAACUUGGCAUUUCUGGCAUACGAAACUAAGGUUGAUAAAAACUUCAGGACUGAAAAUUAUGAAGAAGAGAUUGAAAUAUUCACUACAAUCAUGCAAGAGAAGAUAUCAAGUUUCAAUGCAAAUUUAGCUAUAAAAUUAACACCCACAGAAGCAAACAAAAAUAAUGCUGAAGAAACUACUGAAAAGAAAGAGUCCUCAAAGUCUGAACAUUUCUCCAGUGAUCUGAAAUUUUCAUAUUUCAAAAAUGAAACUUACAAACGAUUGUGGUCAUAUUCUUCAAGUAAGGGAAAACAGUUUCUGUAUGUGAAAGGAGUUGUUCAGCUGGGAAAAUUUUUGAUGAGAAAUCGCAAUGUUGUGUUGACACAAACUUUCCUGGAUGAUAUAGAAGCUCUGCCAACCACCUAUGCAAAGGGAGAAUACUUCGGGUUUCUGGAAACCUAUGGAACCCACUAUAGUAGCUCAGGGGCUGUUGGAGGACUCUAUGAACUAGUGUAUGUGUUGGAUAAAGCCUCCAUGAAAGAGAAAGGUAUUGAAGUAAGUGACAUAAAAAGAUGUCUUGGGUACAGUCUGGAUGUAUCUCUCAGUAUUCCUGGAGUCUCUGAUGGCCUUGAAGUCAAAGGAGCAGUUAACAAGAAUGAUUGUGUGAAGAGGGGUGAGGGUAAAAUCGUAAAUAUCACCCGUGAGAACUUCAUUGAUGAUGUGAUUUCCCUCAUAAGAGGAGGAACCGGAAAAUACGCAUUCGAACUGAAGCAAAAGCUUCUCAAAGGAGCCAAGGCCAUUGACGUGACUGACUUUGUAAACUGGGCCUCUUCCCUAAGCGAUGCUCCCGUGCUCAUCAGUCAAAAACUAUCUCCUAUGUAUAAUCUGGUUCCUGUGAAUAUAAAAGAUGCACAUAUAAAGAAACAAAAUUUGGAAAGAGCCAUUGGAGACUAUGUUGAUGAAUUCAGUCCAACAAAAUGCUCCCCCUGCCAAAAUGGAGGUACUGUGAUCCUGCUAGACGGAGAGUGCGUGUGUUCCUGCCCAUCCGCCUUCAAGGGGCUCGCCUGUGAAAUCAAGAAGCAUCAACUGUCUUAA